AUGGUGAAGUUCGAAGGAGAUUUUAGUAUUAACUCGAUACUGAUGAAUAAGCCGGCGCCUCCGCCGUCGCCCACCACCUCGUCGACGGGCGCUUCGCCCUCCGAGGCGGACCUCAGUGACUCGGAACUGGACGUAACAGGCACCGAACCCGUGGACUGUACGAAGCCUAAAGACGACGACGACAAAAAGGACAAGAAACAUGAAAAGCCUGCAUAUAGUUACAACGCUCUAAUCAUGAUGGCGAUUCGUAACAGCCCUGAGAAACGCCUAACACUCAAUGGCAUCUACGAGUAUAUUAUGACCAAUUUCCCUUACUACAGAGAAAACCGCCAGGGUUGGCAGAACUCUAUCAGACACAACCUGAGUUUGAACAAGUGCUUUGUGAAAGUGCCGCGGCAUUAUGACGACCCUGGCAAGGGCAACUACUGGAUGUUGGACGCUUCGGCAGAAGACGUAUUCAUUGGAGGUACUACAGGAAAGCUCCGCCGUCGGUCGGCACUCAACGGCCGUUCGCGGCUCGCUUGCUUCAAAAGGCCUUUAUUCCCUGGAGCUGGUCUACCCGGAGCCUACCCACCUGCUACUUAUUCUCAACUUGUUGGUUUAUAUUCUCAAUUGCUGUACCAAAGAUACGCUCCAAUGCAGAUGAAGACACCUCCUGUGGCUCCUAGUGCUGUGCAUCCGGCUUUCCGUGGCGCUGAAUCAAUGGGAUACGCCAGUAUGCCAUACUCACCUUCCUUAUACGAAAGAAUGCCGUCGGGUCCCUUCUUAGGGCAGUCACCGUUGCUGCAAAACUCUCCGUUGGCCCAAACAUCGACGAUGUUAGCGCAAAAUUCUCCUCUUCUCCCGCCAUCACCACCAAUGAUGCAUUCACCAACGAACUCUGGUUCUUCGAGCCCUGAAUUAUCAUCACCGUCGCACCAUCCGCUGACACCGCAUAUUUACAAGCCAAUAACAGUUUUAACUCGACAGUGA